CAAAUGGAUGCUCUAAAAGCCAUCCUUCUCUACUUUAUCAUGUUGCAAACCUGCAACAUCAGUGCCAUUGAUGAGGAGGAAUGGAAGACUGCUACUGCAACUUGCACCAAACAAAAAGAUGGGUCAAUCAUUAUAGAAGGAGCUUGUGGGUAUGGAGAUCUUCACAAAGCUUCCUAUGGGAAGUACAGUGCUGGACUAAGUCGCAUGUUGUUUAACAGAGGAAGCACAUGUGGAGCUUGCUUUGAGCUCAGAUGUGUAGACCACAUCCUGUGGUGCCUGCAGGGUAGCCCCUCUGUCAUUCUCACUGCCACGAAUUUCUGUCCUCCAAAUUAUGGGCUUUCAGCAGACUAUGGUGGCUGGUGCAAUUUCCCCAAAGAACACUUUGAAAUGUCGGAGGCAGCAUUCGCUGAAAUUGCAGAAAGAAAAGCUGAUGUUGUUCCAGUUCAGUACAGGAGGGUAAACUGUGACAGGAAGGGCGGGCUGAGAUUCACAGUCAGUGGAAAUUUUCAUUUCUAUCAAGUACUUGUUACCAAUGUAGGACUAGAUGGUGAAGUGGUUGCUGUGAAAGUGAAGGGGUCAAGAACAGGGUGGAUACCUAUGGCAAGAAACUGGGGACAAAUCUGGCAAACCAAUGUUGACCUUAUUGGACAACCUCUUUCUUUUGAGGUUACCACUAGCAGCGGAAGAACACUCACAUCUUACAAUGUUGCACCAGUAAACUGGAAAUUUGGUCAAUCAUUUGAAGGCAAACAAUUCUAGCAUAAGAUGCUGUGAAGCUGAAUUUCGACAUGUGGCCAGUAACUUGAGACCUUGAAGGCCAUGCAAAGAAUUUAUCAACGUCGAAUAUCUCUGCUAGAAUGUUCAUACCAUCCACCAUUUACCUAUUGUUCACAGUUUCCAGCUAGGCCUUAAGGUCUAUCAGAGGUCAAUAGUGUAAGAAAGCUUAGAAAAGUUAGAGAAGGGCACGAAUACAGGUCCCAGUUUUGUCCUAGUUUUGUCUCUAUAUGUAACUAUUAAAAUAUUAAGACAUGUCUUUGAACAA